UUUUUGCAUAUCAUGAUUCAUGAGCAUAUCUGUCGUUUGUUCUUGCGUCUUUACAGUCACAGUUAUAGCGAUUAGUAUUACCCUCACUCACCACUAACCAUCACAAACCCUAAAAACUGAAAACUUCAAUCGGCGACACUCACUUCUUUCUCCGAUCCUCAAAUUCUGCGUGCGAAUCCAAAAUUCUCAUUCGUUAUUUCUCUUUUCUUCUCACAAUUUCGCCUCUUCAAUUCACCAUGUCAAGUCGAGGCGGAAGGGAUCGACCUAGGAGGGAUUAUCCUUCAAGAUAUGAAGACAAUAAGGGUAAUAGUGGUACGGGGCGCGGUGGUGGUGGUAGUAGCAGUGGUAACAAUGGCAAUCCUCCUUCCAGGCAUCUUUGGGUUGGGAAUCUAUCACACAACAUUGUAGAGGAUGAACUUGCUCAUCCUUUUAUACGAUUUGGACCGCUUGAAAAAGUUGCAUUUCAGCCCGGUCGAAGCUAUGCUUUCAUCAACUUUGAAAUGGAUGAAGAUGCCAUUGAUGCUAUGCGAUCGCUGCAAGGUUUUCCUCUUGCUGGCAACCCGCUUAGAAUCGAGUUUGCAAAGGCGGACAAGCCAUCAACAGUAACACGUGAUGAAGAUUAUUCACGUGAUGAACGAAGAUCGGCAUUAAGGGGAUCUCCUUUCUCUCAAAGAGAGAUUAGAGGACGUCAUGGUAGCCCUGAACCACAUUAUUCUGACAAAUCCAAAUUUAGUGAUAAAAAUCCAGAGCCCAGUGAGGUUUUGUGGAUUGGGUUCCCGGCUCAGUUGAAGGUGGAUGAAUUAAUUUUGGGAAGGGCUUUUUCUCCAUUUGGUGAGAUUGAGAAGAUUUCGACAUUUCCAGGUCGUAGUUAUGCAUUUGUUCGCUAUAGAAAUCAGAUGUCAGCAUGCAGAGCAAUGGAUGCUCUCAAGGGAAAGUUAUUUGGGAAUCCCCGUGUUCAUAUUUGUUUUGCCAAGAGUGAAUCAGGUUCAUCAAGCAGUGGGAAGAGCUCAUUUGGUGGCCCUCGAUCCCCAUCAUACAAGUCAAGCGGUCGUGGUGGAUCUUCCGAGAACUUCAGGCAGGAUAGGAGCUUUGGCGGCGAGCAAAACAUUAGUUCUCCGAAUAUGUUCGUGAAUUGGGAUUCUCGAGAUUCUGAUGCUUAUGACUUUAACAACAGGGGUUCUUCAUGGGCUGGUGGAGCUAACACAUACGGGCAAAGGAAUAUUGGAGAGAAGGGCACUCCACUUGGAGUAUCACAAGAAUUUUAUGAACAUAUAAAUAGUCCACCAAGAGAAAGACACUUUCAUCAGGGUGAUUUUCCACAGAAAUAUUCUCAAAGGGGUCCAUUCUUUGAAGAUCUGCAGGGCUUGCCUGAAGAUGCUCCCUAUCUACAUGUUGCUAAAAAACUAAAGAGCGAUUCUUCUCCUGAGAGAGAGCUUCCAGAGUAUGCUUUCUCUGAGUUAGAAAGACAAAAACAUGUUUUCCCAAGAUUAUUACCUGAUUUUCCUCAUCAUGAGCCUUUUGAUAAAAGCUUUGACGCUGGAAAUUUCACUUACGGACAAACAUUUAAUCACCCACCAAAUUCACCUCUGGUUCGCAUAGACAGACAUGAAGGCCGGAAACCUUAUGAUAGUUUCCAAAUGGGUCCUGGUGCUCUCCAAUCAAAUUUUGUUGAGAAAAAAAGAUUUACACCUGAACCUGAUAAUUCAUCUUCAUCUGAGUGGAAAUGGGAAGGAACCAUUGCUAAAGGCGGGACCCCUAUUUGUCGUGCCCGCUGCUUCCCUGUAGGGAAAGUCCUAGAUAUCGCAUUACCGGAAUUCUUAGAUUGCACUGCAAGAACUAGUCUAGACAUGCUGUCCAAGCAUUACUACCAAGCUGUUGGAGUCUGGGUUGUUUUCUUUGUGCCAGGAAGCGAUGCUGACAUUGAAUUCUACAAUGAGUUUAUGCAUUAUCUGGAGGAAAAGCAGCGGGCUGCGGUUUCCAAGGUGGAUGACAAGACCACCUUAUUUCUCGUACCUCCAUCAGAUUUCUCAGAGAAAGUGUUAAAGGUACCUGGUAAGUUGAGCAUAUCUGGUGUUAUUCUGAGGUUGGAAUAUCCGGGUUUGAACCAAGGUCCUAUGCACAUUGAAAGAGAAACGAAAAACGAAAACCUAUUGUCCUAUAAUGAGAACAUAUUGUAUCCAAAUUCGUCUUAUCCAUCCGUACGCAUGCCUCCAAACCCAUCAUCUAUUUCAGAAUUGGGUAAUUCUGGUAUAAGCAAUCUUUCAUUUCCGGGAAACAAAUUUGAAGCAGCUCCAUUCAUUUCUGAUUCAGCUCAUUCUGCGGUUGGCAUGCCUGAGUCCUAUGAUGAAAGAAGUCGCUAUUAUCCUUCCACCCAGCCACGGACAUCCGUACCAAACUGGCCUUCUCAAAAUCCACAAAAUUUAAUCUCGAAUAGAACUUUACCUUCACAUCAAUUCAGCGGCGCCGUUGAACCUAUUGCUGACGAGCAUCAUCACAUGAAUGUAAGUUCAACUCAACAUUUCGGUGGAAAUUCUGGUAUUCCAUUUGGCAGUAAUAACAGGUCAUCAUAUCCAGAAAUGAGAAAUUUUGAUCCUUCAACCCCUGUGGGAUCCCUGCAGCCAGAACAGCUUGCACAACUAGCUGCAUCUCUUCUUGAGAAGCAGAGGCAAUUGGGAAGCUCUAUGAGCACAUCUGCAACGAGUGAUCCAAGACAGAACAGAUUUAACGAGUCGGAAACCUCAUCCAGACAAUCAUAUGCUGCAGAAAACAACCUGGCAAGUUCUGAACACUCGACAUCUCAGUUUGGUCACGUUCUACAGUUGCAAAAGCAACAUCAGAUGAUGCCAAAUGUGCCCCAGUUAUCACAGAUGGUUCAAAGAGAGGUCAAUGGAAAUCAGCAGUUAGCAGAUAAUAGUUUGCAGGAUGGUGGAGACGCAGAUACACAGAAACGUUUAGAAGCAACCCUAAAGCUGGCUGCUACUCUUCUUCAGCAAGUUCAUCAAGGAAACGGGAAUUGAGAAAUGGUAUGAUAUCAGCUUUUGUUUCCGGAUCAAGAUCCUCACCAUUUUUUACCCUCUCCAUUAGUUCCAUUACCAAUGUUUUGAAAAUAUAUUAGUGUGACAUUUGGUGGGUCCAAUUACUUUUUAUACAUUUCAAAACGAUAGUAAUGGAGAGAUAAAAUGAAGAGAGAAAACGGAGAGGAUCCUAACUCUGCUCUCCUAGUUUGAUGUCUUGACUUUUGAAGCACUAAAACGA